AUGAAGGCCACCACUGCUUCCAUUUUGUUGGCACUGUCCGCCGCCGCCAAUGCCGUUCCUGCGGUAGACCGUAGAACCGUUGACGAGCGUUUCCCUUACACCGGUCCUGCCGUCCCGAUCGGCGAUUGGGUUGAUAACACCAUCAAUGGCAACGGCAAGGGUUUCAUCCGUCUCGUCGAGGAACCCGCUGUCAAGCCCGCCAAGGCAAACCCGACAAACAAUGUCAAUGUCAUCUCGCUGGCUUAUAUCCCCGAUGGCAUUCACAUUCACUUCCAGACCCCGUUCGGUCUGGGCAAGUCGCCUUCCGUGAAAUGGGGCACUAGUCCUACCCACUUGACCAAUGUUGCGCGUGGAUACAGUCACACCUACGACCGUACCCCACCCUGCUCGCUCGUCAAGGCUGUCACCCAGUGCAGUCAGUACUUCCACGAGGUCUCGCUGCCGCACCUCGAGUCGGGCAAGACCUACUACUACCAGAUCGCUGCCGCCAACGGCACGACUGAGUCUGAUGUCUUGAGCUUCACCACUGCCCGCAAGGCUGGUGACCCUACCGAGUUCACUGUCGCUGUGCUCAACGAUAUGGGCUACACCAACGCCCAGGGUACCCACAAGUACCUUACCGAGGCUGCUAGCGAGGCUGCCUUUGCCUGGCACGGUGGUGACAUCAGUUACGCUGAUGAUUGGUCCUCCGGUAUCAUGGCCUGCGAGAGCGAUUGGCCCGUCUGCUACAAUGGCUCCAGCAGUGAGCUUCCUGGUGGCAUCACCAAGGCCUACGAUACCCCUCUGCCUGCCGGCGAGAUCGCCAACCAGGGUGGUCCCGAGGGUGGUGACAUGAGCUCCAUCUACGAGUCCAACUGGGAUCUGUGGCAGCAGUGGAUGGGCCCCAUCACCCAGAAGAUCCCCUACAUGGUUCUUCCCGGUAACCACGAGGCUUCUUGUGGCGAAUUUGACGGCCCCGGCAAUGUCCUCACGGCCUACCUGAACGACAACGAGCCCAACAGCACUGCCUCUGCCGAUAACCUGACCUACUACAGCUGCCCGCCUUCGCAGCGUAACUUCACUGCCUUCCAGCACCGCUUCCGCAUGCCCGGUGCCGAGUCUGGCGGUGUCAGCAACUUCUGGUACUCCUUCGACUACGGUCUCGCUCACUUCGUCUCCAUGGACGGUGAGACCGAUUACGCCGACAGCCCCGAGUGGUCCUUCGCCGAGGACGUCACCGGUGACGAGACCUUCCCCACCGAGGCCGAGACCUUCAUCACCGACAGCGGCCCCUUCGGUGCCGUCGGCAGCGUCGACGAAACCACCACCUACGAGCAGUACAAGUGGCUCAAGAACGACCUGGAGAGCAUCGACCGCACCAAGACCCCUUGGGUCGUUGUCAUGAGCCAUCGUCCCAUGUACAGCUCGGCCUCUUCUUCCUACCAGAAGAAGAUCCGCGAGGCGUUCGAGGCCCUCUUCCUUGAGAACGGCGUCGAUGCUUACCUCUCCGGACACAUCCACUGGUACGAGCGCUUGUUCCCUCUCGGCAACGGUACCAUCGAUACCGAGUCUGUGAUCAACAACAACACCUACCGCAUGAACCCCGGCAAGUCCAUGACCCACAUCAUUAACGGAAUGGCUGGCAACAUCGAGAGCCACAGCUCCUUCAGUGAUGGUGAGGGCAUCACCAACAUCACUGCUGUGCUUAACUCCAACGAGUACGGAUUCAGCAAGAUGACUGUUGCCAAUGCUACUGCUAUGAAGUGGGAGUACAUCAAGGGCAGUGAUGGAUCCGUUGGUGAUUCGCUUUGGCUGCUUAAGCCUUCUGCUGCUGAUACCAAGGGUCAUGGAAAGGAGCCUGCUUCUGCCGGUAAUGGUAAGAAGGGAGGAUCUCACUAG